UCUUUUAAAAAAAAAAACACGCAUAUGCCUGUGCCUUCUGUUGCAUCCAUAUUAUAAUAUACACUUUCUCUGUUUUUGUCUUUUACAAUAACAGGCUUGUGUCAACAAUGGCUUCUACUUUGUAUUACAACACUCUCAACCCUUCCACGGCAGCUAUCUCAAUUCACCCUAAGCAGGAUGUGUCAACUUUUGUCACCUUCAAUGGCUAUCACCACUUUGGAUGCAGAACAAGAACUACAACCAUGCAUCAGCAGCCCAGGAGGAACAAGAAAUUGAGGCCUGUCAAAGCCACGGUGGCCGAGGCAGCACCGAAGCCAAAGCAUCAAACUGUGGCUGACAAUGGUGGGGAUCGAAAGGCUCAGAGCAAGAAGCAGCUUCGGAUACUUGUGGCGGGUGGUGGGAUUGGAGGGUUGGUUCUUGCUUUGGCUGCAAAGAGAAAGGGGUUUGAGGUGAUAGUGUUUGAGAAAGAUAUGAGUGCUAUAAGAGGGGAGGGUCAGUAUAGGGGUCCAAUUCAGAUACAGAGCAAUGCUCUUGCUGCUUUAGAAGCCAUUGAUUUGGAUGUUGCUGAUCAAGUUAUGAGGGUUGGUUGCAUCACUGGUGAUAGGAUCAAUGGCCUUGUUGAUGGGGUUUCUGGCUCUUGGUACAUCAAAUUUGACACAUUCACCCCUGCAGUGGAACGAGGGCUUCCAGUCACUAGAGUUAUUAGUCGAAUGGCCUUGCAAGAAAUCCUUGCUCGCGCAGUUGGGGAAGAUUCCAUUAUGAAUGACUGCCAUGUUGUUGACUUUAUUGAUCAUGGAAACAAGGUAACAGUUCAGCUGGAGAACGGUCAGAAAUAUGAGGGAGAUCUAUUGGUUGGAGCAGAUGGUAUAUGGUCCAAGGUGAGGAAGAAGCUAUUUGGGGUGACGGAAGCUAGUUACUCUGGCUACACUUGUUAUACUGGUAUUGCAGAUUUUGUGCCUGCUGAUAUUGAAUCUGUUGGGUAUCGGGUAUUUUUAGGACACAAGCAAUACUUCGUAUCUUCAGAUGUUGGUGGUGGAAAGAUGCAAUGGUAUGCAUUUCAUCAAGAGCCUGCUGGUGGUGUUGAUGCCCCUAAUGGAAAAAAGGAAAGGCUGCUUAAGAUCUUCGAAGGCUGGUGUGAUAAUGUAACAGAUUUGCUACUUGCCACAGAAGAAGAGGCUAUUCUGCGGCGAGAUAUCUAUGACAGGACACCAACAAUGACCUGGGGAAAGGGCUGUGUGACUUUGCUUGGUGACUCUAUCCAUGCUAUGCAACCAAAUAUGGGCCAAGGAGGAUGCAUGGCUAUUGAGGAUGGUUAUCAACUUGCUUGGGAGUUGGACAAUGCUUGGGAACAAAGUAUAAAAUCAGGAUCUAAGAUUGACAUUAACUCCUCCUUGAGGAGAUACGAGAGAGAAAGGAGGCUACGAGUUGCCAUUAUUCAUGGAAUGGCUAGAAUGGCAGCUAUGAUGGCUUCCACCUACAGAGCAUACUUGGGAGUUGGUCUUGGCCCUUUAGAGUUUUUGACCAAAUAUCGGAUACCACACCCAGGAAGAGUUGGAGGAAGGUUUUUCAUUCAGAAGAUGAUGCCUAUGAUGUUGAGUUGGGUCUUAGGUGGCAAUAGCUCCAAGCUUGAAGGUAGACCAGUAUGUUGCAGGCUCUCAGACAAAGCAAAUGACCAGUUACACACAUGGUUUGUAGACGAUGAUGCUCUUGAGCGUACUAUUAAUGGAGAGUGGUUUUUAUUACCAUGCGGAGAUGAAGGAGGUCAUUUGAAUCCCAUAAGUUUAAUUCAAGAUGAGAUGAAACCCUGCAUAAUCGGGAACACACAGAAAGAAGAUUACCCGGGAAUUUCAAUUACAAUACCCUUACCUGAGGUUUCUGAGACGCAUGCUCAAAUUCGCUAUAAGGACGGUGCAUUUUUCUUGACCGAUCUGCAUAGUGUUCAUGGCACCUGGAUCACUAACAAUGAAGGAAGGCGAUACCGGAUACCUCCAAAUGAUCAAGCUCGUGUGCGCCCAUCGGAUGUGAUUGAUUUUGGUUCACAAAAGGCUUCAUUUCGGGUUAAGGUGAUAAGAUCUGCUCCAAGAGCAUCCCAGAGGGAAGGGGAGCCAAUAUACCAAUCACAGAGUGGGUUGUAUGUCAGGUCUCAGGUGAAUGUUGAGCCUCCCAAACUCAACUCUUUUCGGUAAAUUUGAAGAUCUGCAAACCAAUUGUGACAUGCCCAUACCACUUAUAAUUUCUACUUAGACCAAUCCCAACAUAUGAAGUAAAUGUAAACAAAAAAGAAAAAAAUAAAUAAAUUAAGAACAAUGUUAUCUUAAUAUAUAGUAGUAUUGGUGCUUAUUUAAUGGAAUCUCAAAUUAUUGGGGGUGCCUAA